AGCACUUGGCUUUGUCAUUUGAGGGGUUCUUCUGGUGGGUGCAUGGAUUUUUCGUGUUUAACUGGAACUGCUUUUUAACCAGUGUCCCUUCUCCUUUCUCUUCUAUUCAUUGCCCCACGAUGGAUUUUGGUGCCUCACCUGUGUGGUUGGCCUGGCUCUCUCAUCUCUGGGCCGUUGGGAGAACUCCAUGGCUGCCUGGUUGUGUGGCUGCAGCCAGUGUUGGGUGCUUCUCUCCCAGAUGUGUAUUUUGGGGAGCAGCCCAGUCCAUCUGCUGGUGAGGCAUCAUCAUGACAACAGAAAAGAGCACAGCAGCCGACACUGACAGCUCAAAGCAGCAGCAAGCCAAGGAGGAGGAAGGAGCUGCUGAAAUACAGAAGCAAGAGGCUUCCCUGGAGAAAGGGGCUCAGCCAACACCAGAUAGACAGCCCCAGAGGCAGAAGGCCUCCAACGGAGACACUCCCACACACGAGGAGCAGAGCAAGAAAGAGCAUCGCACCUCUGAGGGCCGGGGUCUCUCCCGCCUCUUCUCCUCCUUCCUCAGGAGGCCCAAGUCUCAGGUAUCUGAAGAGGACAAAGAUGUUGAUGCUCCUAAAGAGGCGGGAGGUGACCAGAAAGAUGCAGGAUUAGGAGCCAGCCCUGGUGAAGACAUCCUGGUGAAAGCCCCAAUUGCAGCUCCUGAGCCUGAGCUCAAAACUGACCCAUCACUGGAUCUCCAUUCCUUGAGCAGUGCAGAAACACAGCUGUACUGUUACUUGAGCCUGGAGUGGAAAAAGCCUGCUCAGGAGGAGAGGAGGGACGACCAGGAGCCAGAGGGAAGAGACUUCGAGGACAGGGAAGAAGGGGAAGCAAAGGAGGAGGGUGCCAAGCCAGAGCCGAAGCCAGAGUCUCUGGAGACUAAAGCGGACAAGGAUUUGAAAGCUGCCCCAAAAACAGUGAAAAGACACAGAAACAUGUACUGCAAAGUUGUCUUGCUGGAUGACACCAUUUUUGAGUGUUCUGUGGAUAAACACGCCAAGGGACAGGAUCUACUUAAAAAAGUCUGUGACCACCUCAAUCUGCUGGAAGAAGACUACUUUGGUUUGGCCAUAUGGGACACACCAACAUCCAGGACAUGGCUGGAUCCUGCCAAAGAAAUAAAAAAGCAGGUUCACGGAGGCCCCUGGGAUUUUACCUUCAAUGUCAAGUUUUAUCCACCAGAUCCUGCCCAGCUUACAGAGGACAUCACCAGGUAUUACCUGUGUCUGCAGCUUAGACAGGACAUUCUUACAGGGCGGCUGCCCUGCUCCUUUGCCACCUUGGCUCUGCUGGGUUCCUACACAGUCCAGUCAGAGUUGGGAGACUAUGAUCCUGAUCUCCAUGGCCCAGAUUACAUCAGUGAGUUCAAACUGGCCCCAAAUCAGACAAAAGAGCUUGAAGAAAAGGUUGUGGAACUUCAUAAAACAUAUAGAUCCAUGACUCCAGCCCAAGCAGACCUGGAAUUUCUUGAGAAUGCAAAAAAGCUUUCCAUGUAUGGAGUCGACCUUCACCAAGCCAAGGACUUGGAAGGCGUGGAUAUCACCCUGGGAGUCUGUUCCAGUGGCCUUCUUGUUUACAAAGAUAAGCUGAGAAUCAACCGCUUCCCGUGGCCCAAAGUCCUGAAGAUUUCCUACAAACGCAGCAGCUUUUUCAUAAAGAUUCGGCCAGGGGAGCAAGAACAGUAUGAAAGUACAAUUGGUUUCAAGCUACCAAGUUACCGGGCAGCAAAGAAGCUGUGGAAAGUAUGUGUUGAACAUCAUACCUUCUUCAGGCUGACUUCCACCGAGGCCAUCCCGAAGAGCAGGUUCCUGGCGCUGGGCUCCAAGUUCCGCUACAGUGGCCGGACGCAGGCACAGACGCGGCAGGCGAGUGCCCUGAUUGACCGGCCCGCACCCCAGUUCGAGCGCACGGCCAGCAAGAGAGCAUCCAGGAGCCUCGAUGGAGCUAAACGUGCAACUCAAAAGGUUGAGUUCAGAACCGUAGAGGAAGAGAAGCAGAAGGAGGUGGUGGUGGUUGAGGUUCCUGAACCAAAACCUGCGGAUCAGAUACGAGAGAAGCCAGCCAAACACACUCUUGAAACUUUUGAAAUGAAACCCAUUGCAGAGGAGGAAGAGGAGGAAGAGAAGGUAGAGGUGGUUAAGGUUCCUGUUGCCAAGCCACAGUCAGCGAAGCUGGUGCAGCCAUGGUCAGCUAAACGUGAUCUUGGCAGUAUUGAGAUAAGCCCAAUUGAAGAGGAGGAGGAAGAAGAGAAAAUGAUGGUGGUGAGAGAACUAGAGCCGUGUCCGAAGGAGUCAGCAGUGGCUGUGAUAACCCCAGAGCGGAGUCCCCGGCCCACCUCAGCCCCAGCCAUCGCUCAGAGCCAUGCUGCAGAGCCAGCCCCAGCUAAGUCCGAUGUCAAGGAUGUGGCCACAUCUAAAGUAGGGAAGGAAACAGCGAAAUCUGAUAUGAGAUGUGAAGAAUUUCCACCAGAGAAACACAAGGAGCCAGUGGAUGCCUCAAGGGUGAGGAAAACACACAUUGAGGUCACAGUCCCCACCACGAAUGGUGCCCAGCCCCAGCAGCAGCCUGCAGAAAAAGAGGAAGAGCUGAUAAGAAUGAGGAAGAAGAGAUCAAAGAGGCUAGAUGGUGAAAACAUUUAUAUCAGGCAUAGCAAUUUAAUGUUGGAGGAUCUAGAUAAGACGCAGGAAGAAAUAAAGAAGCACCAUGCCAACAUCAGUGAGUUGAAGAAGAACUUUAUGGAGUCCGUCCCAGAGCCUCGGCCGAGUGAGUGGGACAAACGUUUGUCCACCCACUCUCCUUUCCGAAGCCUCAACGUCAACGGGCAGAUUCCCACAGGAGCGGAUGGAGUCAAGAAAGUCACUGUCCCAUCUUCUGAGAGACAGGUUGGUGGGCUUGAGCAGACGCAGGAACGGCCUCUGUUAGUACAGGAUGAAGACAAACUAAAAAAGCAGGAGAUACCUACUGAGACAGCCUUUCCCCGGCCAGCAAGUGAAGCAACUCUUCCAAAGAAGAUGAGUGACUUACUCUCCCAAGAGGAUGUGGCUGCAGUGGCAGAGUGGAGCAGUUUUAACACUGGCUUUGCGUGGGAGGGCUCAAAGCAGUCGGUAGAUUUUUGUGAGACACCAGUGCCACCCACCUCACUGUCUUCUCCCAGCUGGCACUUUGGUGCUUCCUCCCUAAGCAGCGAGGAGGAGGAGCAGGAGGAGGCGGUUCCCAGCCGCUCCGCCAGCGAGGAGGACCUAACAUGUGGAAAGGGGGUUUGUGUGGAUGUGGAGAAGGACUCGGAGCUCUCCGAGCUGGAGCCCCACCCCAGCCCUGCCACACUUCUCCGGCAGCCCUGGGGAGGAGAGGAGGAGGAGGUGGCAGAGGAUGGUGAAGACAGCCUUGCCUUUAGAAAGCCACAUGGCGAGUGUCCCAACCCCGAUGCUCCUAACGGGCUGCCGGAACUCAUUCGCUGCUUCCAGCCCCCACUAGUGAAAACACAGACUGUCACCAUCUCUGACGUGUCCAGCGCCGUCAAAAGCGAAAUUCCCACAAAAGAAGUCCCUAUUGUCCACACGGAGACAAAGACCAUCACCUAUGAAGCUGCACAGACAGAUGGUGGCAAUGGGGAUUUAGACCCUGGCAUUCUGCUGACUGCCCAGACCAUAACUUCAGAAACCACCAGCAGCACUACCACCACCCAGAUCACCAAGACUGUGAAAGGUGGCAUUUCAGAGACACGGAUUGAGAAGAGGAUUGUCAUCACAGGAGAUGCAGAUGUAGACCAUGACCAGGUUCUGGCACAGGCAAUCAAGGCUGCCAAGGAGCAGCACCCAGACAUGUCGGUGACCAAAGUGGUUGUGCACCAGGAGACAGAGAUCGCAGAGGAAUAGCCAGGCUGUGAAACGGUCCUGCCCAAGACAACUCCAGGAUAAAGAAACCCAGCAAAACUUAUCAAGAAACUACCUGGAGCACAAAGACCUCGGAUUUCAGACUUGACACUCAGAGACAUUCAUAUCAUUUAUUAAGAGUUGCGCUUUGACAUUUUACUUGGGAUUUUUCCAGACUCCACUCGAUCCUGUUGGACAUAGGGUUUUGUUUUGUUGUUGGGAUUUUUUUUAUUUUAUAUCUAUUUUGACAGAAAUAUGCCCUAUUUCUAACUGUACUAAAUGUUUUUUACAGGUUUUCAAUUUUGCAUUCCUUCUCAUGCAAAGCCUCUUCAGACACAGAAUCCCACCUUGCAGGGCUCCAGGGCUCCCUGUUUUAACUUGUAUUCCCCCUGCCUCGUCAGGGGUAACGGCUGUAUCCGUGCAUAUUCCUAGUGCAGGAUCUGUACACGCCUUCACAAAGCCACGGGUCCUUCUUCCAGGAGAGUCACUUUAAAGAGUUGGACUUUGUGCAGCAUUUCCGAUUGCUUCUGGAUUAUUUUUGUAGCUCUGGGGAGCUCCAGCCCUGCUACAACCCCUGGGCUGCACCGAGCUCCCUCCCCUCUGGGUUCUAGCCCUGAUGUGUGAUCACAGUAGGGUUUUGUGGUGUAACCUAUGCACACAUCUUAAUAGUUGACUAGAUUUAAGGAAUACUGGAAGUUGCUUCAAAUAUCUUAUACUGUGAAUUUUAGAGCUUUAAGAGGACUGUGAUAGCAUCUCACCUUCCCGUGUGUGUCUGCCGAGUGCUCCCAACCUGUUUGUGUUUUCUAGAUGCCAUUAAAUUAAAAAGCCCUUAGAAGUGUGUGUUUAAGGUGUUUGGACUCGGGAUGUUACUAAGGCAGGCUUGUGCAGCAUUCACAGGAACUGAGCUUUUCGGUGUCAUAGUUUUUCACUUGUUUGUGUUCAUGAUUUUUAAAUUAGGGAGCGUGGUUGUUUUUUGGGGGUUUUUUUUUGGUUGUGCUUUUUUUUGUUUGGUUGGGUUUUUUUUUUCCUUUGUUUUUUGGUUUGGUUUGUUUUUUGUUUUUUUUGUAAGUCAUGGGUUGGGUUUUUUUCCUCCCCUCACAGUGCUAUUUAAAGCCAAACAUGUUACCCAUUUCCCAGAGCAUGUAUCCUACUAUCAUUUAAGCUCCUUUAGACAAUCCUUCUUAAACCUGUAGAGGCUGAACAAGGAAUUUUAGGAGGUGUCAGGUGUUGCUGGUUGUGAUAGAGCCAAACCACAUGGGAAGUGUUGACAUUCCUUCUUCCAUGCUGGCCUGAGGGUCUGGAUUUGGCUUCAUGACCCCCUUGCUGGAAUGAAAUAUCAGGGUGAUUGUCUGAAUCUUGAGGCUGAACUUAUAGAUCCCCAGGGCCAUCUCCAGCACAGAGGGGGUGAUGCAAAAAUAUGAUUUCAGGGGCUGGAUGUGCUCCCAACUGCUCUCUCAGCUUCAUGGGAAUGUUCCUGCCUGGUUUGUCUUUCCACCAUUUAAAUUCAAGAUUCAAGAAACAAAAAACUAGCCAAGCUCUCUAAAGAGUCUGCCCAAACAUUUGUGAAGACUUUAGUCCACUUGAGGUUGUGAUUUUAUUUUUUUUUUCAUGUAUAAAUAUACAUAUAUAUGUAUAGUGUGCUACCGUGGUAGCUGAAGGCAGGGAAUGCUCUGCUCCUCAGGUGAGGAUGGGAAGAAAAUGGCAAUGAAGAAAAAAUACUCUCCAGUUUUAAAUUUGAAUAAUGUCUUCCAGAAGUUACUGGAUUUAGCUCAGGCUGCAAUGGCUCCAGUGUUUAGCUGCAAACAGCUCUGGAACUACACUGGGGCUGGUGCAGCUUCUCAGCUUCAGGUGCAAUUUUAAUUAAGAUGUCAGUAUUGAUUGGAGACUCUGCUGGAGCUGCUGGAUUUUGGCUCUCUUUGAGCCUUGCUGGCCCUGGGUCCUGCUCAGCCUUCCAUGCCAGCAGCUGCCUCUGGGCUGCUCUGGUGCGGGGCCUCCUCCCAGGAUGCUCUGCUUUCCUCAGGGCAUUGUGCUCUGGGGAUUUAGGGAGUCCUGGGCUUUAGUGCAGAGAUUAAGUCUUGCUAUCCAUGUCUGAAAAGCUCUUUCCUUUCUUCUGCCACGCAGGCCCUGGAAGGGGUCUGUGUCUCUGCUGUCCUCAGCUUAGUCAGGUAAUGCUUGCCUUAAACACCCAUCGUGCUGAGCACCCUCUGGCACUGUCCUUUUUCUGGAAAUUGAGUUCUUUGCCACUCAGUCCUUUCUUCUUCCUUGUAACAGCCACCUGAAGAGUGAAGGGGCACAUAGAGUAGUGGCUGAGAUGAUUUCUGGGCUUUACCAGGCAGAGCCAUUGUCAUAAAUUAAGUUUGUCCAUAGCACUUAAAGGCACUUGGCUGUCAGGAGAAUUUAGGGGAAUGUGGUCCCUGGGUGUUCCCUGUGGUCCCUGGGUGUUGCCCUGAGCAUGAUGAGUGGGACCAAACACCCUAAGCAGGGGAUUUCUGAGGUGAGAAACUUGCUGCCAGGAGGGGUGGCUCCUUCCCAAAAGAUUAGCUCACUUUGGCUGCAGAUGCCCCUUGUUAAAGGGCCCACAGGCUAGAGUAACCCCGUUUUUUCCCUGGAUUUUGGGUGGUUGUUUCCAGGUUGUCCAUUUUCACACUCCCUCCUGCUGAGUUCUUGCUUCUCCUGGAGUAAUUUAAACAAGUCAUGGCCUCAUGUGCCCUUUGCCGUCACCUGCUGUCUGACCUCGGGGGUUUCCAGCCCCGUUCCUGCCAACACGGUGCCCAAGUCAGGAGCCUGGGAAGAAGAUACAAGUUAAAAGCAGAAGAAGCUUCUCUUACCUUCAGCCAAGGCCAUGGUGGGGCUGCCCACUCCCCUUCCACCUCUGGUGGGAUUUUAAAUCCUUGGCUCCGAGUGUGCUGUGUCAGCUCAAAGGACAAACCAGCUAAGUAAGGUCUAUUUAUAUGAAUGUUCCCAGCUCUUCCCACUCCACAAAUUCACCCAGAGACUGUCUUGAUUGUAUAAUAUACAUUAUAUGGAAGCUAUUUAUAUAUGAAUGAAUGUUUUUAUAGAAAGGAAAGCAAGGAGCUCCUGUUCUCCUCCAUUAAAAUGGAAUGGCCACUCUGGUUGCCCAGUAGCAAUCCCUGACCAACAGAAAUGUGUUAGCAGAGGACUGACUGAUUUCUGGUUUUAAUAAACUGUGGUUUGCUGAUUUUCCUAAUUGUACAAUUACCUUAAGAGGUGGUAGUGUCCCAGCCUUAGAGAUGAAACUUGUAAAAAAUGAAAAAAAAAAUAUAGUUGAAAAGAUGAAGGAGCUUUGUAAAAAAUUUUAAGAUGAUUGUGAAUUGUCUAGGUUAGGUGUUUAUACUUUAUAAAAAUAGGGACUUUAAAGCUGGCAAAACUUCAUAGAUAUACUAGUCCUGGGAGCCGUUAUUUUGGAUUUUCAUAGUGAAUCAAAGGGAAAGUUGCCGUAGUAUUUAGGCAGACCUAAGUGUUCAGUACUGCUUCUUGUAUUGCAUUUUUCAAUAAAUUUUCAAACAAA